GGAUUUCUUUGGGAAAUUAAACCGCCCAUUUACAUGCAUAGUGUCAACGCAAGCUGAUUGCAAAUGACUGAGAUAAGGGCGAAAUCUGACGCCGCCAUAUUUUAAUGGUGUGCUAGCAGGCACUCUCAUUUGAGCAGCUGUCAAAAUGGUGGCCCUGUCGCUGAAGAUCUGCGUGCGGCAGUGCAAUGUUGUCAAGACGAUGCAGUUUGAGCCCUCCACUCCAGUUUACGAUGCAUGCCGGAUUAUCAGAGAGAGAGUUCCAGAGGCCCAGACUGGACAAGCAUCAGAUUAUGGGCUGUUCCUGUCUGACGAUGACCCCAGGAAAGGGAUCUGGUUGGAAUCAGGACGCACCCUUGAUUACUACAUGCUUCGGAAUGGGGAUGUCCUGGAGUACAAGAAAAAACAAAGACCUCAGAAGAUUAAAAUGCUGGAUGGGACCAUCAAAACCAUCAUGGUGGAUGACUCCAAAACAGUAGGGGAGCUGUUGGUCACCAUCUGCAGUAGGAUAGGAAUCACGAACUAUGAGGAAUACUCGCUGAUCCAAGAGCAGGUGGAGGAGAAGAGAGAGGAUGGGAUGGGAACACUGAAAAAAGACAGAACCCUCCUGAGGGACGAGAGGAAGAUGGAGAAACUGAAAGCAAAACUUCACACAGAUGAUGAUUUGAACUGGCUGGACCACAGUUGGACGUUUCGGGAGCAGGGUGUAGAGGAGAGUGAGAUACUACUUUUACGGAGGAAAUUCUUCUAUUCCGACCAGAACGUGGACUCACGCGACCCUGUCCAGCUCAAUCUCCUCUACGUUCAGGCCAGGGACGACAUCCUGAAUGGCUCCCACCCGGUGUCCUUUGAUAAGGCCUGCGAGUUCGCUGGUAUUCAGGCACAGAUCCAAUUCGGUCCUCAUGUAGAGCACAAACACAAGCCAGGAUUUUUAGACCUAAAGGAGUUCCUACCGAAAGAAUACAUCAAACAGAGGGGGGCGGAGAAGAGAACUUUUCAGGACCACAAAAGCUGCGGUGAGAUGACGGAAAUUGAGGCAAAGGUGAAGUAUGUGAAGCUUGCCAGGUCCUUACGCACAUACGGGGUGUCAUUUUUCCUGGUCAAGGAAAAGAUGAAAAGCAAGAAUAAGCUGGUUCCACGUCUACUGGGCAUUACCAAAGAGUCAGUGAUGCGGGUGGAUGAGAAGACCAAAGAAGUGGUGCAGGAGUGGCCACUCACCACUGUAAAGAGAUGGGCGGCCUCCCCCAAGAGCUUCACGUUGGACUUCGGUGAGUACCAGGAGAGCUAUUACUCCGUCCAGACCACAGAAGGGGAGCAGAUCUCACAGCUCAUUGCUGGAUACAUUGACAUCAUCCUUAAGAAGAAACAGAGUAAAGAUCGGUUCGGAUUAGACGGUGAUGAGGAGUCCACCAUGCUGGAAGAAUCCGUAUCCCCGAAAAAGUCCACCAUCCUCCAGCAGCAGUUUAAUCGGGUGGGUCGAGUGGAGCACGGCUCCGUGGCACUGCCUGGCAUCAUGCGAUCGGGGUCCAUUGGGGGGCCUGACACAUUUAACAUGGGUACCAUGCCCUCGGCACAGCAGCAGAUAACCACGGGACAGAUGCACAGAGGACAUAUGCCCCCUCUGAGUCUGGCCCAGCAAGCAUUGAUGGGCACUAUCAACACCAGUAUGCAGGCCGUACAGCAGGCACAAGCUGACCUGGGAGAGGUGGAUAAUCUACCACCACUGGGACAAGACAUGGCAUCCAGAGUGUGGGUUCAGAACAAGGUUGAUGAAUCCAAACAUGAGAUCCACUCCCAAGUGGAUGCCAUCACAGCCGGGACCGCAUCCGUGGUGAACCUCACUGCCGGUGACCCGACGGACACAGAUUACACCGCCGUGGGCUGUGCCAUCACCACCAUCUCUUCCAACCUGACGGAGAUGUCCAAGGGCGUGAAGCUGCUGGCUGCUCUGAUGGAGGACGAGGUGGGCAGUGGCCAGAAUCUCAUGGGGGCUGCCCGGACCCUCACAGGGGCCGUAUCUGACCUGUUGAGAGCCGUGGAACCAGCUUCUGGAGAGCCCAGACAGACGGUGUUGACGGCAGCGGGCAGCAUCGGCCAGGCCAGUGGAGACCUUCUGAAACAGAUGGGAGAAGGAGAAACAGACGAGAGAUUCCAGGACAUUAUGAUGAACCUGGCCAAAGCAGCUGCUAAUGCCGCAGCCAUGCUAGUGCUCAAGGCCAAAAACGUGGCACAGGUGGCCGAGGACACGGCGCUCCAGAACCGGGUCAUUACUGCCGCUACACAGUGCGCGCUUUCCACCUCACAGCUGGUGGCCUGCACAAAGGUGGUGAGUCCCACCAUCUCCUCCCCAGUCUGUCAGGAUCAGCUGGUGGAGGCCGGGCGUUUGGUGGAGCGCUCUGUGGAAGGGUGUGUGAAGGCGUGUCACGCCGCCUCAGAGGAAGGCGAGCUCCUCCGUCAGGUGAACAUGGCGGCUGGCGCGGUCAGCCAGGCCCUUAGCGACCUACUCCAGCAUGUGCGGCACUACGCCAGCUGCGGAGAGCCAAUCGGACGCUACGACCAGGCCACUGACACCAUCAUGACAGUGACGGAGAGUAUUUUCACCUCGAUGGGGGAUGCAGGUGAAAUGGUACGACAGGCACGGGUUCUGGCCCAGGCCACCUCUGACUUGGUGAAUGCGAUGCGCUCCGAUGCCGAGGCUGAAAUCGAUGUGGAUAAUUCCAAGAAACUGCUUGCUGCUGCCAAGCUAUUGGCAGAUGCCACUGCCAGAAUGGUGGAGGCUGCAAAGGGGGCUGCCGCAUACCCCGAAAAUGAAGACCAGCAGCAGAGACUGCGCGAGGCUGCUGAAGGGUUACGGGUCGCCACCAACGCAGCUGCUCAAAACGCCAUCAAAAAGAAACUCAUUCACCGAUUGGAGAAUGCAGCUAAGCAGGCCGCAGCGGCUGCGACGCAGACCAUCGCAGCUGCCCAGAAUGCAGCUGCGUCCAACAAGAACACCAUGUCACAUCAGCAACUAGUGUUCAGCUGCAAGGCUGUGGCAGAUCAUAUCCCACAGCUAGUGCAGGGAAUAAGGGGCAGUCAGGCCCAUCCAGAAGACCUCGGUGCCCAGCUAGCCCUUAUCAUCGCCAGCCAGAGUUUUCUGCAGCCGGGUAGUAAAAUGGUGACGUCGGCCAAAUCGGCCGUUCCGACAGUAACUGACCAGGCUGCUGCGAUGCAACUCAGUCAAAGUGCCAAGAAUCUGGCCACCUGCCUGGCAGAGCUGCGCACAGCUGCACAAAAGGCUCAUGAGGCAUGUGGUCCUCUCGAGAUUGACUCUGCACUAAGUGCUGUUCAGACCCUAAAGAGUGAACUACAGGAUGCAAAAAUGGCUGCACUGGAUGGACAGCUCAAGCCCCUACCAGGAGAAUCAUUGGAGAAGUGUGCGCAGGAUCUAGGGAGUACGUCCAAGGCUGUGGGCUCCUCCAUGGCCCAGCUACUGACCUGUGCCGCUCAGGGCAAUGAACAUUAUACCGGUGUAGCCGCGAGGGAAACCUCUCAGUCCCUGAGGACGCUGGCCCAGGCUGCAAGGGGAGUAGCAGCGAGUACCGUGGAGCCUCAGGCCGCAGCUGCCAUGCUGGAUUCUGCCUGUCAUGUGAUGGAGGGCUCUGCCAUGCUAAUCCACGAAGCCCACCAAGCCCUAGUGUGUCCUGGAGAUGCAGAGAGCCAGCAGAGAUUAGCACAGGUGGCAAAGGCUGUCUCUCACUCCCUGAAUAACUGUGUGAACUGCCUACCUGGACAGAAGGAUGUGGAUAUGGCUCUCCGGAGCAUCGGCGAGGCCAGUAAGAAACUGCUUGUGGAAAAUCUUCCUCCAUGCUCCAAAUCCUUCCAAGAGGCCCAGACGGACCUUAACCACACAGCGGCCGAGCUGAACCACUCUGCUGGGGAUGUGGUGCAGUCGUCAAGGGGCACCAGCAGCCAGCUGGCUGUGGCCUCAGGCAAGUUCAGCCAAGACUUUGAUGAGUUCCUAGAUGCUGGUAUCGAGAUGGCCGGACACACACAGUCCAAAGAUGACCAGAUCCAGGUGAUUGGCAACCUGAAAAACAUCUCCAUGGCAUCCAGCAAGCUGCUCUUGGCAGCCAAGUCCCUCUCCGUGGAUCCAGGGGCUGCAAAUGCCAAAAACCUCCUUGCAGCUGCGGCCCGAGCGGUGACAGAGAGCAUUAAUCAGCUCAUCACACUGUGUACUCAGCAGGCACCAGGACAAAAAGAGUGUGACAACGCUCUACGAGAACUAGAGGCUGUGCGAGGAAUGCUAGACAAUCCAAAUGAGCCAGUCAGCGAUCUCUCCUAUUUUGACUGCAUUGAGAGCGUUAUGGAGAAUUCCAAGGUUCUCGGGGAGUCUAUGGCUGGAAUCUCACAGCAUUGUAAGAUGGGAAACGUGCCAGCAUUUGGUGAUUGUGUAGGUGUGGCGUCCAAAGCGCUGUGUGGGUUGACCGAGGCAGCGGGGCAGGCCUCCUAUUUGGUGGGUGUCUCCGAUCCCAACAGCCAGUCAGGUCAUCAGGGAUUGGUGGAUCCCAUCCAGUUUGCCAGAGCCAAUCAGGCGAUUCAGAUGGCCUGUCAGAACCUUGUGGACCCGGCCAGCAGUCCUUCCCAGGUUUUGUCGGCAGCUACAAUCGUUGCGAAGCAUACCUCAGCCCUUUGCAACGCCUGUCGUCUGGCGUCUUCCAAAACAGCCAACCCUGUAGCCCGAAGACAUUUCGUGCAAUCAGCCAAAGAGGUCGCCAAUACCACUGCUAACCUUGUCAAAACGAUAAAGGCCUUAGAUGGUGAUUUCUCAAAUGAGAACCGUGAAAGGUGCCGCGUGGCCACGACCCCGCUGAUUGAAGCUGUGGAUAAUCUCUCAACCUUCGCCUCCAACCCGGAGUUUGCUAGCAUUCCUGCACAGAUAAGCCAUGAGGGUUCUGCCGCCCAGGAGCCAAUCCUGCGCUCAGCUCGUUCCAUGCUGGACAGCUCCACCCACCUGUUAGAGACCGCCCGCUCCCUCAUCAUUAACCCCAAAGACCCGCCCACCUGGUCCAUCCUGGCAGGCCACUCCCGCACUGUGUCAGACUCCAUUAAGAGCCUGAUUACAUCCAUCAGGGACAAGGCUCCUGGACAGCGGGAAUGUGACCAUUCCAUUGACAGCAUCAACAAGAGCAUCAGAGACAUUGAGCAGGUGUCUCUCGCAGCUGUAGGUCAGAGUCUGCCCCGCAGAGACGACAUCUCCCUGGAGGCUUUACAGGAGCAGUUGACCUCUGCCGUGCAGGAAAUCGGUCACCUCAUUGACCCCAUCUCUACUGCAGCCCGAGGGGAAGCUGCUCAGCUUGGACACAAGGUGACUCAGUUAGCUAGCUACUUUGAGCCAGUGAUCAUGGCAUCAGUGGGACUGGCAUCUAAACAUACUGACCACCAGCAACAGAUGAAUAUACUGGAUCAGACCAAAACCCUGUUUGAGUCAGCCCUACAGAUGCUCUACGCUGCCAAAGAGGGCGGAGGAAACCCCAAGGCGACACACACUCAUGAUGCCAUAGCCGAGGCAGCCCAGCUGAUGAAGGAGGCUGUUGAUGACAUCAUGGUGACUCUAAAUGAGGCAGCCAGUGAGGGGGGGAUGGUGGGCGGCAUGGUGGAGUCCAUCGCUGAGGCCAUGGGACGGAUGGAUGAAGGUACUCUGCCGGAGCCUGACGGCACUUUUGUGGAUUACCAGACCACCAUGGUGAAGUUUUCAAAAGCAAUCGCUAUCACCGCACAGGAAAUGAUGACUAAGUCUGUGACAUGUCCGGAGGAGCUGGGUGGGCUGGCAUCUCAGGUGACGGUGGAUUACAGCCAGCUGGCACAGCAAGGCCAUCUGGCAGCCGCCACCGCCGAACCAGAGGAGGUGGGAUCCCAGAUCAAGAGCCGGGUGCAGGAGUUGGGUCACGGCUGUAUCUACCUGGUGCAGAAGGCUGGAGCCCUGCAGAUGAGCCCGACGGACAGUUUCACCAAGAGAGAACUGAUCGAAUACGCCCGUGCCGUCACUGAAAAGGUGUCUAUGGUGUUGUCUGCCCUGCAAGCAGGUAAUAAGGGCACUCAAGCCUGCAUCACAGCGGCCAGUUCAGUCUCCGGCAUCAUCGCUGACCUUGACACCACCAUCAUGUUUGCUUCUGCCGGCACACUCAAUGCAGAGAACGAGGAGUCCUUCGCUGACCAUAGGGAGAACAUAUUGAAAACAGCCAAAGCUCUGGUGGAGGACACCAAGCUGCUUGUGUCUGGUGCUGCAUCGAGCCAGGAAAAACUCGCCCAGGCCGCCCAGUCCUCUGCCAAGACCAUCACACAGCUUACUGACGUGGUCAAACUGGGCGCCGCAAGCAUGGGCUCAGAAGACCCAGAAACACAGGUGGUUCUGAUAAAUGCAGUCAGAGAUGUUGCCAAGGCUUUGGCUGAGCUGAUUAGUGCCACUAAAUGUGCCUCAGGCAAAGCAGCGGACGAUCCCUCCAUGUACCAGCUGAAGAGUGCCGCCAAGGUGAUGGUGACAAAUGUGACCUCUCUCUUGAAGACAGUGAAAGCGGUAGAAGAUGAAGCCACUCGCGGGACGAGGGCUCUGGAAGCCACAAUUGAGUGCAUCAAACAGGAACUUACUGUUUUCCAGUCCAAGGACGUUGUGGAGAAAACCACCACCCCUGAAGAGUUCAUCCGCAUGACCAAGGGCAUCACGGUUGCAACGGCCAAAGCGGUGGCAGCAGGCAAUUCUGCCCAGCAGGAAGAUGUGAUAUCCACUGCCAACCUGAGCCGCAAAGCCAUCUCUGACAUGCUGUCCACCUGCAAGCAAGCCGCGUCCCACCCAGAAGUAGGCGAGGACGUGAGGAAUAAAGCUCUGCUCUACGGCAUCGAGUGCACCACUGGAUACAUCGACCUGCUCGAACACGUCCUGCUCGUGCUACAGAAACCCACGGCCGAACAGAAACAACAGUUGGCUGUACUGUCCAAGAAAGUGGCCGGAUCGGUCACAGAGCUAAUUCAGACUGCCGAAGCCAUGAAGGGUUCAGAGUGGGUGGACCCAGAAGACCCUACAGUAAUAGCGGAGACGGAGCUCCUUGGUGCCGCUGCGUCCAUCGAGGCUGCAGCCAAGAAACUAGAGCAGCUAAAGCCCAGAGCCAAGCCAAAGCAAGCUGAUGAGUCUUUGGACUUUGAAGAGCAGAUCCUGGAAGCAGCCAAAUCCAUUGCUGCGGCAACCAGUGCACUGGUCAAAUCAGCAUCGGCUGCCCAGAGAGAGCUAGUAGCACAGGGCAAGGUGGGCUCCAUCCCUGCCAAUGCUGUAGAUGAUGGCCAGUGGUCCCAGGGUCUGAUAUCAGCUGCCCGGAUGGUAGCGGCCGCCACCAGUAACCUGUGUGAAGCUGCUAACGCCUCAGUUCAGGGUCACGCCAGCGAGGAGAAGCUAAUUUCUUCAGCUAAACAGGUGGCGGCUUCUACGGCUCAGCUGCUGGUGGCCUGCAAGGUCAAAGCUGAUCAGGAUUCAGAGGCCAUGAGGAGACUACAGGCUGCUGGUAAUGCAGUCAAGCGAGCAUCUGACAACCUAGUGAAGGCAGCACAGAAAGCAGCCUUCGAUAAAGCUGAAGACAACAGCGUUGUGGUUAAAACGAAAUUUGUUGGAGGCAUCGCUCAGAUCAUUGCAGCACAGGAGGAGAUGCUAAGAAAGGAGAGGGAGUUAGAGGAAGCGCGGAAGAAGUUGGCCCACAUCCGACAGCAGCAAUACAAGUUCCUCCCCAGCGAACUGCGAGAAGACCAGAGCUGAACGCUUCUCACACAGUCAUUGGAUGUGAUAUCUGCUUUGGGUCAUUAUCGUUAACAACGAUUGGCUGCUCCUCGCGUAGAGGGGGGAGGGGGCAUAAAUCGCACGUGAUUGGUUGCUUUGAUAUCAGGUGGCAGAAGUUAAAUGUGAUUGGCUUUCCACUCACAAAAGCAUGGGAUUAGUACCACUGAUUGGCUGUUUGCCUCACCAUUGGCGGAUGUGAUUGUGUGAAAGGUUGCUCCUGUUACAUAGGGCUAUUCUGUUACAUUCUUGUUUAUUUAGUCAUGUAUUAAGGUUUAAAACACUUGUUAGAUGAUUUGUAUAUGUUUUUGCGUGACUGUGCUUGUACAUGUUUUAUGUAUCUGUCAAGUAUCCCACACCUUACCAUAAGGUGUAAUAACUUACUAUAAGAUUCUCUAUAACUAUCCUACACAAUCUAAGCAAGUUGCAACCAAUGUGAAACCAUCAAUAUCUUAAAACCUGAGGAUAGCAGCAGAAAAUCAGACAAUAUUUAGUUUGAGCCUACGAAGUAUGGUCAGAUCAUAAGCUUUCAUUUUUUUCUUAGGAAUAACCUGCUUGAGUUAUGACUCUCAUGAUGAUAAGCGUCUAAGGCCUCUAUAAUGCACUGCUUGAUUUUUUUACAUAUCCCACACUAGAACUGUAUUUAAGUAAGGUUAUGAAUUAUAAGUGGUUAUUUUGAGGAAAGAAUGUUCUGGGUGCGCUUUGUCUUGUUAUUUAUUGAUAGAAGAAAUUUAACAGAGUUGCUUAGACUUUUGUUUGUAGAUCUAUAAGUUGGUGGCUGAACUGAGUUGAUAGAAAUAAGGAAGUACCUUGUCUUUCAAUGGACAGUUCACACAGUGUGAAUGUCUUCUCCUUUAAUCAUUACUUCAUAUAGUACUGCCAAAAGUUAUGAUAUUUGCAUCAAGCAUUCUAAAUAACUAUUUGAUUUCUGUGUUGAUAACUGGAUGCCACUAACAGCUUAAAGGGGUAGUUCACCCAAAAAUGAAAAUUAUCUCAUGAUUUACUCACCCUCCUGGCAUCCCAGAUGUGUAUGAUUUUUUUUCUUCUGCAGUACACAAAGUAAGGUAUUUAUAAAAGAAUAUUUCAGCUCUGUAGGUCCAUACAAUGCAAGUGAAUGGGUGCCAAAAUUUUGAAGCUCUAAAAUCCACAUAUAGGGAGCAUUAAAGUAAUCCAUAUGACUCCAGUGGUUAAAUCCAUGUGUUCAGACACUACAUGAUAGGUGUGGGUGAGAAACAGAUACAUUUUUAAGAAUUUUUUUAUCAAAAAUUCUCCUCCCUGCCCAGUAGGGGGGGUGAUAUGCGCAAAGAGUGCAAAUCACUAAAAACAGAAGAAGGUGAAAGUGAAGGGAAAAGGACUGAAAUAUUGAUCUGUUUCUCACCCACACCAAUCAUUUUGCUUCAGUAGAUAUGGAUUUAACCACUGGAGUCGUCUGGAGUACUUUUAUGUUGCCCUUAAUUCUGGCACCCAUUCACUUGCAUUGUAUGGACCUGCAGAGCUGAGAUAUUCUUCUAAAAAUCUUCGUUUGUGUUCUGCAGAAGAAAGUAAGUCAAAAAAUGAAAGAAUUUUCAUUUUUGGGUGAACUAUCCCUUUAAUAAUGCUUAAAACAUUUAUUGUUUUAUACUGCAUGCAGUUUCACAUACGUAGUAGGCAGAAUACAGUAAACACUGUACAGUAUGCACCAACAUCUCAUUAGCUGAAAUCUCUGGUCCACAGAUACACUUUUUUGAUUACUUGUCUUAAAAAUCUACUUCCUAUUUGAGAUUGUACUUGCAUCGCUGUUAGAAACUCUGCAGGCCACUGCACAUCAUUUGCUUUGAAGGAUUCAAAGGUGUCAAUGAUCUUUAAUAUGUACUCUAACCUGCAAAUAACAUGUCUUUGUACUCUACUUAUUGUCGUGUACGGUUUUUGUGAGAAAAUGACAGUGGAAUCAUUUGAGAGUGUGAAAUUACUUUUUUGUUUUCCAUUUGUGUUAGAAUUACGUAGAAUAACUUGUGGCGCUUAAAGGAACAGUGCACCCAAAAAUGAAAAUUCUGUCAUGACUCCUCUUGUUGUUCCAAACCCAUAUGACUUACCUUCUUCCAUAAACGAUGAAAUAAUUUUAAUUUUUGGGUGACUUUCCCUUUAAAAGAGAAAAUACACUGUAUUGACUGUUGUGUUAAUGUCUUGUCACUCUCCAGAUCUGGACUGCAUUGUGUCAUAGUGCCUUAUUCUGACUUCGGUAGCUCAGUGUGUAAGUUGCUCUCUUAUGCUGCUUGUGGAUCAGAUUUCUCUCCGCAGAUCUGUAAUGUAACAAAGUUAGCGUAACGGUAAAACUGAUCUCGGAUCAGUGAAAGAGCUCCAUUGCUGAGCAAGUGUAUAAAGUGUCUUUUUUCAGAUGAAGUAGAUGUUCUUUUUCCUGUUAAAGGGAUUGUUGAAGCAAAAAUGAAAAUUCUGUCAUCAUUUACUCACUCUAAAGUUGUUCAAAACACAUAUGACUUUCUUCCGUGGCUUACAAACGGAGAAAUUUUGAAUGAUGUGCAAGUAGCUCUUUUCCAUGCAGUUACAGUGAAUGGGGACUUGAGCUUUAAAGCUUCAAAGUGGUCACAAAAGAAUCAUAAAAUUAGUCCAUACGCUAUAUUCCAAGUCUUCUGAAGCCAUUCAAUAGCUUUAUGUGACUAACAGACUGAAGUUUAUAUCAUUAUUCACUGAAAAUCGGCAUCCACUCUAGGCCAGAUGCUGCAAACUCCGAUUCAUGAACAAAUCAUUUUUUUUGAGUUGUUUCCAAUGAAUCGGUUGAUUUGGUUCAUUGUCAGUGGAUAACGAUGUACAUUUCAGUCAUUUUCUCGCACAGAGCUAUCAUAUGGCUUCAGAAAACUUGGGAUAAAGCUCACAAGUCAUAUGGGCCACAUUUACGGUGCUUUUGCGUCCUUUUUGAAGCUUCAAAGCUUCUGUCCCCAUUCAUUGUACCUGCAUGGAAAAGACCAACUAGUACAUUAUUCAAAAUUUCUCCUUUUUUGUUACAAGAAGAAAGUCAAAUGGGUUUAUAAUAAUAAUAAUGACAGAAUUUCCAUUUUAGAUUAAUUAUUCCUAUAUAUCUAGCUUUGGAUGUGUACAGCAUUGUGUCCGUGCCCAUGUGGCAACCAAAUCUGAUGUCCAUUGGACAGUUAAUUGAUGGUUAUUUGAUCUUGUUCUGCAAUAUUGUACCCACUGAGGCCUAAAGAUGCCCUUGCCUUGGCAGGCCAGUAUACUGUCAUAUGUAUUCUUUAGAUUCAUUUAGAUGUGUAGCUUCACUACAAAUUAACAUGCCACAGUAAAGAGUAGAAAGAGGAUGAAUUCUUCAUUAGCACUGACUGCUUUCAGAUCGUCCACGAAAAGAGGAAUAUUACAAUAUGUCCCAAAAAAUGUAUAAGACUAUCUUGUUUUCCACUUCGAUGAACCACUAUGUCUGAAGGUUUUUUUUUUUGUUGUUGUUUUUUUUUUUUUUUUUUUCACUUCAGUAGCUAUAAAUGGAGAUAUUGCAGUAUGUGGUUGAUAAUGUGGUGUCUUUCAGUGGAGCCGAAGAAAACAGUACGAACUAUCGCCUUUUUUAAGUAGAGUUAAUCAACUGACAUAGUAACAUUAAUUAUAAUAUUAAUAAUAAUGAACAUUAAAAUACUGUAUGUAUAAUAUUUAUCAGUUCAUGAAAGUAUUUUUUGUAUUUCCCUGAAAAUAAAGU